UCAGAGACUGAACUCAGUGAGGAUUAUGAAGAGGACCAGGAUGUGGACUAUCAACACAACAAGAGAGUGAUAAAAACUGGAGAGACUUGCAGCAAUGCUCAGACUGGUGACAAACAAUUUCCUUGUGGUGUUUGUGGACAAAGAUUUAACCACAGGUCGAGUGUAACCACCCACAUGAGAAUCCACACGGGAGAUAAACCGUUUUGUUGUGAAGUUUGUGGACAAAGGUUUAGGCAAAAGCCGAGUUUAAACACCCAUAAGAGAAUCCACACUGGAGACAGACCGUUCCCUUGUCAUGUUUGUGGACAUAAAUUUAGGCAGAAGUCUACUUUGAGCUCGCACAUGAAAAUUCAUACAAGAGACAAACCAUUUUGUUGUGAUGUUUGUGGACAAAGAUUUGCACAUAAACAUAGUUUGAUCAAACACAUGAGGAUCCACACAGGGGACAAACCAUUUCAUUGUGAUAUCUGUGCACACAAGUUUUGUCAUAAGUCAAGUUUGAACUUACACAUGAGAGUCCACACAGGAGACAAACCAUUUACCUGUGAAGUUUGUGGACAACAAUUUAGUCAUAAAUCAAGUUUAAUAUUACACAUAAGAAUCCACACCGGAGACAAACCAUUUCCUUGUGAUAUUUGUGGACAAAGUUUCAGCCGAAAGUCUUAUAAAGACUCCCACAUGAGAAUUCACACAGGAGACAAACCGUAUCCUUGUGAUGUUUGUGGACACAGAUUUACGCAAAAGUCAACUUUGAAUUCACAUAUUAAAAUUCACACAGGACAAAAUCGUUUAGCUGUAAAAAACACAAGAGCUCCUAACGAUCCACAUGAUUGUGAUGUUUGUGGAAAACAAUUUAGUCAUAAAUCAAGUUUAAUCUUACACAUGAGAAUUCACACUGGAGACAAACCAUUUCUUUGUGAUAUCUGUGGAAAAAGAUUCAGCCGAAAGUCUUAUAAAGAUGCCCACAUGAGAAUUCACACUGGAGACAAACCGUAUCCUUGUGAUGUUUGUGGACAAAGCUUUAGACAAAAGGCCAAUUUACUCUCACAUGUGACAAUCCACACAGGAGACAAAGCAUUUACCUGUCAUGUUUGUGGACAAAGAUUCAGCCGAAAGUCCUAUAAAAACACCCACAUGAGAUGUCACACUGGAGACAAACCGUUUCCUUGUGAUGUUUGUGGACACAGAUUUACACAAAAGUCAAGUUUGAACUCACACAUUAAAAUCCACUCAGGAGACAAACCGUUUCCUUGUGAUGUUUGUGGACACAGAUUUAAACAUAAGUCAGGUUUAAAAUCGCACACGAGAAUCCACACAGGAGACAAACCUUUUCAUUGUGAUAUCUGUGGACACAAGUUUUGUCAUAAGCCAAGUUUGAACUUACACAUGAGAGUCCACACAGGAGACAAACAGUUUCCCUGUGAAGUUUGUGGUCAAAUAUUUAGCCGAAAGUCAAAUGUAAACUCCCACAUGAAAAUUCACACAGGAGAAAAUAGUUUAGCUGUAAAAAACACAGCAGCUCCUAAAGAUCCACAUGAGGUCACACAGAACUGAAAACACACAGUUCCAAUGUUUAUUUAAUAGUUUAUGUAGUGAGAACGCGUGGUCUCAGAUGUCACAGUUAAUGUUUUUAUAUGUAUUUUGUAAUUUUUAGAGAUUAUGACUGGGUGAUGACACAUGUGAGAUAGUUUUAUGUCAUGCAAGGUCAAAAGUACAAAUAUUUUUUUAGAAAAUGUAAAAUAAUUUUAUAACUCAAUGUUAAUGAUUAAGUACAAAUUCAUUUUCCCACGUUCUUUGAAUCCAUCUUAGUCCCUCCCACUCCCAGCUGGAAGCCACGCCCUCUUCCCUGUUUAUUAUCAAACUACAGUCUGAGCAUGGAGGUGUAUAAAACUACUGGAGGUAGUGGCAAACCUACUGUAGAAGCUAAGAGUCUGGAUUUACCAUCACUGUACAUUGUGACAACAUAGUGAACAGAAGUCAGCAGAUUUGAUCUGAUUUAGCUCAAUGUGAGCUGACCAGAGCUGAAGCUAAUAAUGUAACUAUAAUAAUAAAUAGCUAAAAUAAUCCCUCUUUUCAAGAAUGGUGAAAAUUUUAUGUUCGAUAAUUACAGACCAAUAUCCUUGUUACCUUAGUUUUCAAAGAUUUUAGAGAAAUUAUUUAACAGAUUAGACAAAUUUAUUAAUAAACAAAAUAUUUUAAGUAACAGUAUGGUUUUAGAGCUAACAAUUUGACAUAAAUGGCUUUUAUGGAAUUGAUUGAACAGAUAACUGCUGUUUACCAAAAACAGUACUGUGUUAGUGUUUUUGUUGAUUUAAGGAAAGCUUUUGACACAAAUGAUCACACAUUUCUUCUUGAAAAGCUAAAUAAAUAUAGUAUCAGAGGACCAGCACUGCAGUGGGAAAUUAUUUAUUUGAAAAAUAGGAAACAGUUUGUUCAAAUAAAUGAUAUAAGAUCUGAACUCAGUAAUAUCACGUGGAGUUCCUCAGGGUUCUAUACUUGGACCAAAGCUGUUUAUUUUGUAUGUAAAUGAUUUAGUAAAUGUGUCAGGGUUGUUUAAAUGUGUUCUGUUUGCUGAUGACACAUUUUUUUUGUUUGGUCAUGGAUAUUGAACGGAUGUUGGAAAGGAUACAAAAAGAAUUUGUAAAAAUAUAAACAUGGUUUAAACUUAACAAAUUGUCGCUAAACUUGGAUAAAACUAAUUACAUGAUAUUUUGUAAUAAAAAGGAAAUAUAGAUUUUCCAUUUAAAGUU